AUGGAUACUACUGCAGUUCAUAAUUAAGCUCAGGCAGAGAUAUUCGAAUAAAAAUUGAUUACAAUAUAAGGUACAUCCUCGCUACCCACUGAACAUGUGUAUAGAGUGAGGAAACAAUUGCAUCCACAGAUUACUGCCAAUUAAUUCCAUUUGAAUAAAACCUAAAAUUCUUCCCUUAACUGUGUCAAUCUCUUUUGCUAGUUUUGUAAUAAAAGCACAUCUGUGUCAACAGGCAGAUACUGUGGAUGCUCGAAUCGACAAUUUCAUUAAAGCUGUUUAUUAAAUCACAUAAAUCAAGGGUUUAGAUAAGGAAAUGGUAUUAUGUAAUGCUCAUAUUGUAACCUCUAUUAUCCUACUGAAGUGGAAUCUAAGUAGUUAUCAUUAUAAUUUAUUUAGAUUGUCAUUGCUAAAUUUGACAAAAACUGA